AGACAGAGAAAUAGCUUUUUCAGCUGCACUGAGGGAAUCUGGCGAUGGAUAUAUUGGUCCUUUUACCACUGAAAUCACACUAACCUACAAGAAAGUCAUCACAAACAUAGGGAACGCCUACAACCCAAUUACAGCCAACACAGAUAGAUUAUGAUCCUCCUGCUUCUUCUCAAUGGCAUCAAAACGUUCAGCGAUGGUCUUGAGAAUGGUGUUCAAACCUCUCUCUCUCAGAGGAAGUGGGCGUCACAUUCAGCACUUCAUGUUGAACAUGUAACCAGGAAAGAAACUCUCAAAACUCAUCUGAACACACAUCGAGAGCUUCAGAAGAACUGAGAAGAUCAUUUAUUAAGAGAGAAGAAUGAAGAUCAUCUUGACUUUCACUCUGCUGAUGAUUCCUGAUAAUACCUUAUAAUGCCUUGAGAUGUCUCUUAAAGUACAGACUCAUAACUCCAAAACUGUCAAAGCUAGAUGACGCCCAUGGGCGGUAAACUCUGGUUUAGAGGCACUUGUCAGCACUCGUUGGGAGUUUUUCUAAAUGGUUAGAUGCAUUAAAAAGAUGAGUUUCCAAGCUUUAAGAUGAUACCUAUUUUGUGUUAUUCCACGUUGGAAAACGACUGCAUCCCGGAAAGAUGAGAGACACGUUUUUAGCUAAGUGUCGUGAUCUCCAUGAGUGUGAAAGGAUAUUCAGGAGGUGGAGUCACGAUCACAUGUGGAUAUGAUGAAAGAUUUAAAGCAAAUGAAAAGUAUUUUUGUAAAGGACAGUGGUCAACAUGCACAGAUCAAAUCAGGACUAAAGAGAAAAAUAAAUGGGUUCAGAAGGAUAGAUUUUCUCUGUAUGACGACACAACAUCAAGAGUCUUCAAAGUAACCAUCAGAGAUCUGAGUGAACGGGAUUCUGGGAUCUACUAUUGUGGAACUGGGAACUUUGGUCUAGAUCCCUACACUGAAGUGAAUCUGAAGGUUAUAACAGCUCAACAAAUCAGGAGCUUGAGAAGAUAUUCAGGAGGAAACAUCAUUAUAAACUUCAAAUAUGAGAAGAAACACAAGAACCAUGAGAAAUAUGUCUGUAAAUCUGCAGCAGAUCAAUGUUUGACUGUAAUAAACACUAACAGAGCAGCAGAAUGGAAACAUGACAGACGAUUCUCCGUUCAUGAUGACGGAUCUGCAGGUCUCUUACGUCUGUUUAUCAGAGAGCUGAAUGAGAACGACUCUGGAGAAUAUAUGAUUACAGUCAAAGUUUCUGAAGAAUACAGUUUCUUCUCUGAGUUUAAUCUGGACAUCAGAGACGAUGAUUGUUGUGUGAAGAGCAUCAGUCUAUCAGCUGCUGCAGGAGGAUCUGUGAACAUCAGCUGCAAAUACCCACAAUCCCACAGUAGAGAUGUGAAGUUUCUCUGCUGGAGAUCUGGAGAUGAUCUCUGUGCUGAAGAGACGUCUGUGAAUCAGAGCAGAAGAUGGAGUCCUGAGGGAAAGAUCCAGCUGUAUGAUGACAGAGAAGAGCAGCUCCUGACAGGAAGCAUCAGUCAUGUGACUGAACAACAUUCAGAAUACUGGUGUGGAGUUCAGUCUGAUCAAGGACACAAGAGCUUCAUCACACGAGUCCUGAUCAGAGUUACAGAGAUGACAUCACCACCACCACCACCAUCAUCUUCAUCAUCACCAUCACCACCAUCAUCAUCAUCAUCAUCACCAUCUUCAUCAUCUGCUGCUUCUUUCUCAUCAGUCCAAUCUUCAGCGUUCACAGGCGUUUCCAGAACUUCUACAUCACUGGCGUCUCUGAACACAUCAUCAGGCUCUUCUCUGAUCAUCCCUCUGGUUCUGGUUCUUCUGGUUCUGAUCAUCGCUGGACUCUCAUUCCAGUUUCUCUGUAGGAAGCAUCAGUCUCGAGGUGGUGAUUCAUCAUCUCAGACUGGACCUGGAGAACAUGAAGUGGUUUCUCAAACUGGUUGCGAUUACGAUGAGAUUAAAGAAACUCACAAACAAUUACCCACAAAUUCUUCUGAUUCUUCUAACUGCGUUUACGCUACAGUUCAGAAAGACACUGGUGACUCUCAGUGCUGCAUCACAUCUGCAGAGGAUCUGAAUUAUGCAGUGGUGGAUUUCCACAAUGAAUCGGACUGUCCUGACAGUUUCAGUAUCAGGAAUAAUCAGGAUUACAGUAAAUAUGCUGCUGUCAAUCAUCUCACUGCUUGAUGAGCCACAGCAGAGAAUAUAAAUUUAUUGAACAAAAAUUAUUUUACUUAUCAAAACAGGAAAUAGUGCAAGCUUUGCAAAAGUGAUUGUUUUGAAGUGUGAACAAGUAUUAACUUAGACAUUAUUAAAAACACAUUAUUUUA